UCCAUCCCCGGGGAGUCCCCGCGCGCCGGACGGCCCGACUCGGGGUUCCCUGCUGGCUGCAUCUGCUGGUCACGCUGCGUGCCGGGUACCCAAGACGCUACCCUGGAUGGGAGCUCUGCGCCCUCGGUCCUAGAGGCAGGACCUUCCAGUGCCCGGGUAUGCGCUCAUCCCCCUGCGUUCCUAUUUCUCUAAUUUGGGGUAAGAAGGAACGAUGCCCACCAUAGGACACUGGGCCUCCCUCCUCUGCCAACGACAACUCGAAAGGACCCCGUGGUCAAGGCUGGAGGUGGAAGAGCCAGAGCCAGGGGAGUUUUCCGGACCCAGCAUCCCCCACCCUGCAUGCCACCCUCGGAGCCCCCGACCAUCCUCGGGUUCGAAGGUGCUCAGUUGAAUGCACUUUAGCGCUGUCGUCACUCUACAAAACCCAGGUCCGGUCACGAAAGGCUCGGACACACGGCGAGGGACAAAACACACAUUCGUGCUUUACUGCGUAUGCAUGGUGUUUCUGUGAGAACUGCGGGACGCAGCCAGGCCCCGCCUCCUGCCGUCUUUGAGCGCGUGGUCCCGACUUCGCCGGAUGUUGAUGGCGUCGCCUAGCAACGAGAGAUGGCGGAGCCGGAGGAUCAGGCUGACGGCAGGUCACGCCUAGACGGUGAGCAAGCUUCUGCCGAAGAGGAAGAGGAGCAGCAGCAUGCUGAAGGCCAUGAGGUGUCACCACCAAUGGAAAACCAUGGCCAAGAAACUGAUGAGGGUGGAGAUGCCACCAAGGGUCCUGAAGAGGACAUUCGAGCAGAAAGUGAAGGCAGACUUGAAGGAGAGAUGGCGGAUGAUGAAAAAGGAAUGGCCAUCCCUGAAGGAGAAGAGGUGGAACCCGAUGGAGAGGCUCCCCAAGAAACAGAGGUGGAACCCGAUGGAGAGGCUCCCCAAGAAACAGAGGUUGAAUCCAUUGGAGAGGCUCCCCAAGAAACAGAAGAGAGAGCCACUGGAGAGGCCACACCACAGCUAGGCAUCGAACACAGUGAAGAGACUAUAUCAGAAAUGGACUUGGACGCCAUUGGAGAGGGCAUCCUGGAAAUCCGCCUGGGAUCCAUCAAAGACGCCGACGCCAUGCCAGAGAGAGGAGAGGCCAGCCCUCAAGGGGAAGGGGAACCCGCUGGAGAAGAUGUCCCAGGUGAGGAACCUUACCUUAAUGGGAAAGAAGCGUCCGAGGCGUUCACCUUCUCUGAGAAGGACAACUUCUCGGAAAGGGUCAGCUCCCCGGAGCUCGCCUACUCGGACAUCAGCCCCUGGGAGAUGAUUUCAGAUGAAGUCAGCGCCUCCUACCUGUAUGAAACAACCAGGCCGGACUCUGCUGACUUAUCCCAGCAAGACUUGGACAUGUACGAGCCGGUGGAAAACAGAGAAGACAGCCAGCUGAGAGCCCCAGAGGGCGCUUCUCGGAGAGUCUUUCCUAUGGGGGCGCGACAUCGCUUCAGGCUGAGCAUCAUGGGCAGUCUGGCGUCCUCGGACAUUAAUGACUUCCUCCCGGACACAGAAGGAAUUCCUGGGCCAGAAUCAGGGCACCCCAUUCCCGGCCCCCGGGAAGAAACCCAGAUGGAGUUUAUGGACCGCAUCCAGCCCCUCAGCCCUGAGGAAGAGGCCCUGGUCGGAAGAGCGGCAUCCGAAGGGAGUGACGAGGUGGACGAUGAGGGCGCCCAGCUGGUGGUGCUGGACCCAGACCACCCCCUGAUGAUCAGAUUCCAGGAGGCUCUGAAGAGCUACCUCAACCGGCAGAUGGACAAACUGAAGCUGGACAUCCAAGAGCUGGAUGUGGCCACCAAGCAAAGCCGGGCCCAGCGGCAGGAGCUGGGCGUGAACCUCUACGGGGUCCAGCAGCACCUGGCCCGCCUGCAGAUGCAGCUGGAGAAGAGUCACGACCGGCACUCUGUGGCUGCCUGCGAGAGGAGGCGGAAGGAGGAGGAGCUGCAGACCGUCCGGGCCCUCUACAACAAGACCUGCGCAACUGCCAACGAGGAACGAAAGAAGUUGGCGGCCAUGCAGACGGAGAUGGAGAACCUGGCCCUGCACGUCUUCUACAUGCAGAACAUAGACCAGGAUGUGCGCGAUGACAUCCUCCUGAUGAAGCAGGUGGUGAAGAAGGCUGAGAUGGAGAAGAUCCGCGCUGAGACAGAGAAGAAGAAGCAGGAUCUGUUCGUGGACCAGCUCACCGAGAGGGUCCACCAGUUGGAAGAAAACAUCUCGCUGUUUGAGGCUCAGUACCUGUCCCAGGCUGAGGAUACUCGGUUACUAAGGAAAGCAGUGAGCGAGGCCACCACAGAGAUCGACACCAUCGCGGUGGAGAAGAAGCGUAUCCUGCAGCAGUGGACCACCAGCCUCGUGGGCAUGAAGCACCGUAACGAGGCGUACAGGACGGUGCUGGAUGCUCUCAGGGAGUGUGAGCAUCAGGUCAAGUCCAUAGACGGUGAGAUCGAAGCCUAUAAAAAGUCCAUCAUGAAGGAGGAAGAGAAGAACGAGAAGCUGGCCAGCCUCCUGAACCGCUCAGAGACAGAAGCCAUGCUGGUGCAGAAAAUGACCACCCAGUGCUUAAGCAAGCAAGAGGCCCUGCAGAGCGAGUUCAACACCUACCAGCUCGCCCUGCAGGACACCGAAGAAAUGCUCAACAAGGGCUAUCUGGAACGCUCAGCGGUCACGAACGAACUCCAGGACACCCGCCAGGCUGUCCGUCAAGAGCAGGAGCUACGGCAAAAGAUGGAUGCCUCCAUCCUGGACAAGCUGCAGGAACAUGGGACCUCCAGCAAGAUGACCAAGUACUUCCAACAGCUCCUUCGGAAGCUGCAGAAGGAAAAUACCAACCUGGUGACACAUCUUUCAAAACUUGACGGCGACAUCGCUCAGGCCACCCUGGACAUCACCAACACCAGCUGCAAGGUAGACAUGCAUAAGAAGACUCUGGCGGAGAUGGACAAGGAGGUGAAGCGGCUCAACGACCUCAUCACCAACAGCGAGAGCGAGAUCGCCCGCCGCACCAUCCUCAUCGAGAGGAAGCAGAGCCUCAUCAACUUCUUCAACAAGCAGCUGGAGCAGAUGGUGUCCGUGCUGGGGGGGGAAGAAGUCGGUCCCCUGGAGCUGGAGAUCAAGAGGCUGUCCAAGCUGACAGAAGAGAACAACUUGGGCGUGGCAGAGGCGCAGGUGACCUGGCUGCGACUGCAGCAGGAACUGGUCCAGGUCACACACGAACGGGAGGAACAGCUGGUGUCCCUGGACCAACUCAAGAAGGAGAUGCACAUCAUGGAGCAAAAGAAGCUCCGCAUAGAGAACAAAAUUGAACAAGAGAAGAGAGAGCAAAAGGAGAUGAGCCGCCACAUGAAGGAGCUGGGCAACGACCUGACCAAGCUCAACACGCUGAUGGACAAGAGCCGGUGCAACUCGGAGCAGCUGCAGCAGAGCACCCUGCUGGUCGAGACGGAGUUUGUGCGCACACUGAAGGAUGCAGAGCGAGAGACUAUCCAAAUGCAGGAAAAGCUGACACAGCUCGGUGAGGAAAAGACCACCCUCCUCAACAGCCUGGUGGAGGCCGAACACCAGAUCAUGCUCUGGGAGAAAAAAAUCCAACUGGCGAAGGAGAUGCGCGCCGCGGUGGAUUCUGAGACCGGGCAGACAGAGAUCCACGCCAUGAAGGCCGAGAUCCACAGGAUGAAGGUCAAGCACGGGCAGCUGCUGAAGCAGCAGGAGAAGAUGAUCCACGACAUGGAGCUGGCUGUGGCCCGCAGGGAGACCAUUGCAAUCCAGGCCCAAGGGCAGAGCAAGACGGACAAGAAGAUUGUCACCAGGACAGACUUCCACUUCCAGCAGAAGGAGCUGCAGAAGAAGAUCAGGAACAUACAGAAGGCCACAGAAGAGUGCAACAAGACUAUCUCAGAACUAGAAGAAACUCAAAAACUCCUGGGCAGCUCCCUUCAGGAGAGACAACAGUCCCUGUCAGCUAUGCAGGGUGACAUAGACGUCCUGGAAGGAGAAAUCAACCAGCUCACAACUCUCAAACGGCAGAACCUUCUGGAGAUUGUGGCCCUGCAGAUGCGUGCCAAGAACCUGCAGGCCGCGGUCGACGGGAAGUAUGUGUUCCUAUACCGCAACAGCAAGACCCAGCUGCUGGAACGCAGGAAGCUGGACAUCCGGCUGGCCCAGCUCAACUCCAUCCUCUCCCAAGUACAGGAAGACUACCCCCAGUUCCAGGAAGUGCUACAAAAGAUUCAUCAGAAGAUCGCCAGCAAGCUGAAGUUCCCAGAGCCCUCCUAAACAGCACUCGGCCCACACGUGCCAAGGCUGCCCAGAAGGAGAGCCAGGGAAUUGCCACACACACACACACUCACACACACACACACACGCAUGCACACGCACACACAGGCACGCACGCGCACACACACACACACACACACACACACACACACACACACACACACUGUGUUCCGAAAAGUCACGCGUCCCCUAGAACGACACCCUGCUUAAGUAACACGACUACCCAGACCUGUAUGGGUCACAGCCGGCCUGCUGCUCACAGCAGCGUAAUGCAGCAUCCCUGAUCUGCUGUGGUGACCAUGCCAGCCUGCAGGGGCAUUGCCUGAGCAUUACCGGCCGCUCUCUUCUGUUGGCCUUACCCAUCCAGGUAAAGGUCAUUCUGUCUGCCGGCAGCUCCACCGUGCAUCCGAUACCCAUCACACUGACCCGGGACAGGCCCUGGGUUCUGUGGAGCGAGUAAUGGGCGUGAGGACCCCCCAAGGGAGCCAGGAACGAGGUAGACUGCUUCAGCCCAUCUGAACCCCACAAGCUACCUUCAUUCUGGUUCCCCACCCCCACCAGACAGAAAGCUCAGCCCUUCUCCAGCCCCCACCACCUCCCAGGAAGCAUUGAAAUAGAUUGAAACCCAAAGAUCAAAGCUAAGGACCCCAGGAUCCCCCCCUGGGGGAGCAAAUGUCUACGGAGGCAGUAACUGACCCUCUCACCUCUCUCUCUCUCUCUCUCUCUCUCUCUCUCUCUCUCUCUCUCUCUCUCUCUCUCUCUCUCUCUCCAUUCUACCUCCCCCGCCCUGGGUUUCUGAGCCACCAGUUGCCUUUUUGCUUCUUAUAAAUGUGAAAUAGAAAACCGUCCUAUGGAAUAAUUUCAGUUUUAAACUUUACAGCAGAGAAAUAAAAUUUACGAAAGCUG